AUGACGGGCUCCGUCGCCGCGCCGGCGUGGCUCGCUGCGGGCUGCGAGAUCGAGGUGCUAGCUGACGAGGAUGGCCUGCGCGGCUCGCGCUACGCCGCCUGCGUCCUCUUGCCCCCCAAGCAAGGAAAGGUGCGGCUCCAAUACGCCACCAUUCUGUGCGCGGACGGGCAGUCGGCGCUGCGCGAGGCGGUGGACGCCACUUGGCUGCGUCCGCCGCCGCCGCCGACGCCGCCCGACUUCUUCGCCAGCCUUCAGACCGGCGACCCGCUCGAGCUGUGGCACGGCGACGGUUGGUGGGAGGUCAACCUCACCGACGCGGGAAGGGAAGCCAGCGACGGUGCCGGCAAGCUGUACGCGGUGCGGUCCCCGCACUACGCGUCCGAGUACCGUGUCAGCGCGCAGCGGCUGCGGCCGCGAUGGACCUUUUGCGGCAGCCACUGGAAGGCGGAGGCGCCCGCUGGUCUCGUCGUGUACGAAGGCGCCGCCCCCGACGCGUUUGCGGGGCCGCGCGAGACACCGACCGCGGCCCAGGCGGACGCGCUGCGCGAGACGGUCAGCGUCCUCGACGAGUCGGGGGAGAGCAUCCGCAAGGCGUUUGGCGGCGCGCCUCCCGGAUCGGUCGCUGCGCUCCUCGCCGCGAUCGCGGCGGCGCGCAACGUGGCGCAGGCGGCGAGCGCUGCGCACGAGGCGGCGGCUACGAAGGCCAAGCUCGGCGAGGACGGCUAUGGCAGCGACGCGAGUGACGGCGUCAUGCAUAAUUGCGGCGAGUGCUCCGCUUGUCGGAGCAUGGUCUGCUUUGGCGGCUCCGGCGCAAGCCGGCAGGCGCCGAGCAUCCUGCCCGUGGACCUCGGCGACCCCGUCGAGCUCGAGCGGCGGCGCGAGGAGAGCCGGAGCGCUGCGUUCGAGGCGCUGCGCCGCUUCAUCUGCGCCUCGGGCGGAGUCUCGUCGAUGUUGGAUGGGUGGACGACCAGUGCCGAGGUGCGGCGGGCGGGCGACUCGGCGGGCCACGUCGACGUCUACUUCCACGCCCCCGAUGGCCGCCGCUUCCGCUCGCGCCUCGAGGUGGCGCGCUUCUUCGAGCUGGCGCCGCACGCCGAGCAGCCCGCCUGGGACAGUCGGCCGGUGGGCAGCCGGUCGGGACGCCGCAACGGCGACGCGCGCCCCAAGCGUCAGCUCGACGCGGACGCCGUAGUUUAG